GAUCACUCUCUUCGCGGGUCCUGUCUUCCUCUCGGUCCUGUCUUUCUUCCUCUCGGCCCAAACCCCCAGCCGUAGGCGGCAGCGUUCCCGCUCUUUCUCUGCACCUAACUCCAGGCAGCCGCUAGCUCCUGAUGUCUUCUGGCAAGUUAUGGCCCUCUGGUGCCUCGGCCUCUCUCGUGCCCUGUGAUGAACUGAAGAACCCGAAGUUUGUGGGCAAAGGCGGGUUCGGUGCAGUGUUCCGGGCACAACACAGAACAUGGGGCUACGAUGUGGCAGUCAAGAUCGUGAACUCGGAGGCGAUAUCCAGGGAGGUGAAAGCUAUGGCGAAACUGCGUAACCAGCACGUGCUGCUCCUGCUGGGGGUCACCGAGAACCUCGAGUGGGACUACGUGUCUGGGCCGGCUCUGGUGACAAGAUUCAUGGAGAACGGCUCCCUCGCAGGGCUGCUGCAGCCCACGUGCCCUCGGCCCUGGCCGCUCCUCUGCCGCCUGCUGCACCAAGUGGUGCUGGGGAUGUGUUACCUGCACAGCUUGGACCCAGUGCUCCUGCACCGGGACCUCAAACCCUCCAAUGUCCUGCUGGACCCUGAGCUCCACGCCAAGAUAGCAGAUUUUGGCCUGUCCACAUUUCAGGGAGGGUCACAGUCAGGGUCAGGGUCCAGGUCCAGGGAUCCAGGGGGUACCCUAGCUUACUUGGCCCCAGAGCUAUUGGUUGAUGUCAACCAGAAGGCGUCCCCGGCCAGUGACAUCUACAGCUUCGGGAUCCUCAUGUGGGCCGUACUGACUGGAAGAGAAGCCGAGUUGGUAGACCAUACAUCCCUAGUUCAUGGCGCAGUCUGUGAAAGGCAGAAUCGACCCCCAUUGUCAGAGCUGCCUCCAUCCAGCCCUGAGACUCCUGGCUUGGAAGUACUGAAGGAGUUAAUGGUGCGCUGCUGGCGUUCUGAGCCCAAGGACAGGCCAUCCUUCCAGGAUUGCCGACCAAAAACCAAUAAAACCUACAUCCUGGUACAGGGCAAGGUAGAUGAUGCUGUCUCUGAGGUAAAGCAAUUUCUGUCCCAGCACAGAAACAGCGACAGCAAGUUGUCUGCCCUAGAGCCAGGCCAGAGAGCUGCAGAAAUGGACGGCCCUGGGGAAGCCACGAUUUCUGAAAUGUUGGACCACCUGCAUCUGGAGCCGGGUGUCAGACCAGUUCCUGAGAAAGGCAUAAGCCUUGCUGAAAGGAGAGGAGCACGGGCAGAACCGACUGGGCAUGCCACAACGGCAGUGACAUCUUCAGAUACGGUGGCUGGAACUCCCCACAUUCCACAUACUUUACCCUCCAGAGGCCCAACACACAGCCCAAACUUUACUGAGACUCCAGGUCCUCACCCCCAAAGGAAUCAGGGAGAUCAAAGACAUCGCACCACCUGGACCUCCUGGGUCCCAGGGCCAAAUGCAGCAGCAGGGCCACCGUCUGUUACCAUCACCAACUGUUCUGGAGUGCAGAUUGGAAACAAUAACUACAUGGCAGUACCACCAAGAACUGCUUUGCCCAAGAAGGGCCCAGCACAGUGCGGCAGGGGUAGGGGCUGGUAGCCCCUCCACAAUUAGAUUUCAGAAAGUACCUCAAGAGCCUGGAGCCCGUAAUGCAACCAGCCAUUAUUAUAAAAUUAUAAUGGAAAUUAAAGCACUUUGUAAGCCACCUGGAAUGGCUAAGACAACCAUCGCCACUUCCUGUGGUCCACAAUACUCUUUGAGAGCAUUAAGUCCUACACCCAAACUGACUUUUGACCUAUGUCCCAAAAGUCAAUAAAUACAAUGUUAAUUGUGA